AUGCGUCCCGGAUCGGCGCUCUCCCUGCUGGCUCUGGGCUCUGUUGCCCAGGCUGCAAUUUCUCUUGAGGACAGCAGCCUCUCUCCCCGAGAAAUUGAGAAUCUCGAGAGGUCCAUUGAGGCGAGAAGCUUGGUUGAUGAUAUAUGGAACGAUAUCAAGAAUGCGGCUACAUGCACUGCUUGCCAGGGCAUUCUCGUCCUUCUCAAGGGUGUCGCUAUAUUUGGAGAUGACGCUUUCGUUAGCAUAGCUACAGGCCUCUGCAAACUCGCAAAGGUCGAAGAUGACGACGUCUGUGAGGGCACCGUGGCGCUAGAAGCCCCCAUCAUUGCGGAUGCUAUUCGAAACAUGGAUCUCGGGUCUGAUACGUCGAAGCUCUUCUGCGGAUCGUUCCUGGGCCUUUGCCCUGAGCCCUCUGUUCCUCAGUGGAAGAUCCCCUUUCCCUCUUCGAAGCCAUCGACUGGUCGCCCUGCGCCAAGUGGAAAGACGCCUCUCAAGGUUGUUCAGUACUCGGAUAUUCACAUUGACCCCCUUUACGUAUCGGGCUCAACCACAAACUGCACCAAGCCUGUCUGCUGCAGACCUUAUACUGCUGCUGAUGAACCUGGCCAUUCAACGUCACCUGCUGGGCCAAAUGGAGACCACAAAUGCGAUACUCCUGUUGGCUUGGAAAUUAGCAUGUAUCAGGCCAUCAAGAACAUUGUUCCAGAUGCAGCCCUCACGCUCUUCACGGGCGAUAUUGUUGACCAUGCCAUCUGGAACACCUCGAAGCCCUACAACCAGAAGCAAAUUUCUGACGCCUAUACAUACAUGAGCCAAUAUCUGGGCCUCGUUUACGGCACCGCUGGUAACCAUGAAGCUGAUCCUGCCAAUGCCUUUCCUCCUCAGUCUAUCAGCAACUCAUCACAGUGGGUGUAUGACGCACUAUCUGCUCAAUGGACGCGCUGGGUGGGAGCCUCAGCGGAAGCUCAGAUUGAAAACAUUGGCGCCUAUUCUACCAAGUAUCCCAAUGGCAACCUGAGAAUCAUCUCGCUCAACACCAACUUUUACUACCGCAUGAACUUUUGGCUAUAUCAGGAGGACAUUGAGCAGGACCCUGAUGGCCAAAUCAAAUGGCUGGUGAGUGAACUCGAUGCCGCAGAGAAGGCAGGAGAGAGGGUUUACAUCAUUGGACACAUGCCCAUUGGUGAAAGCGAUGCCUUCCACGCAGGGUCAAACUACAUUGAUCAAGUUGUGAACCGCUACUCGUCCACCAUUGCCGCCAUGUUCUUCGGCCACACGCACGUCGACCACUUCGAAGUCAGCUACUCCGACUACAGCAAGCAGGAUGCUUCGCAUGCUGUAAUGGCCUCUUACAUCUGCCCCUCGCUGACACCCACCUCGGGCAUGCCCUCGUUCCGAGUAUACGAUGUCGACCCGGUGACGUUUGCAGUGCUCGACACCACGACCUACAUUGCCGACAUGACCAAUGCAAACUUCCAAACGACUGGCCCAGUGUGGACGAAGCUUUACUCUGCCAAGGAGGUAUACGGCUCCAAGCUGAACCCCCCCGUCACCGAUCCCAGCGCCGAACUGACACCCGCGUUUUGGCACAACGUAACGGCCUUGUUCGAGUCAAACUCGGCCAUGUUCAACCAGUACAUCUCACUCAAGAGCCGUGGCUGGAAUGUCGCCUCGUGCACUGGGGACUGCCAGAAGCAGGAGAUCUGCCAGCUCCGAGCUGGUCGUAGCGAGAGCAACUGCGUGGUCCCCUCGCCCGGCCUUCAUAUUAGCAAGAGGUCGGAUGAGCGACAUGGUCACUCCCACCACCGAGCUCAUGACCACCAAGAAUGCGGUAUGUCGGCAGGAAUGAAGACGAUUGGCUCGUUGGCCAUGAGGAAGGAUCUGUUGAAUGAGCUCCAGGUGAGAGUCAAUGAGUUGAGGGCCAAGGCUUGA